AUGAAAAACGCUUUCUUCAUCGGUAAUGCACUGCUUUGGCUCCAGCUAUUUGAAAUUUUCAGUCAAUAUUUGAAGCUGACAGUGGCCGCUCAAGCUUCAUUAACCAACAUCAAGUGCACAAGUUUCAAUAAAACUUUUGUUAGCUUCGCAGAAUGUCGCUUGAAUUUGGUGCAGCGCGGUUUUAAUGAAUAUUCAAUCAGUUUGAAAGUUCACCAACCGCCCAUAGAGAAUGUGACGGUGCACUUGCAAUUUAUGAAAAAAUCCAAUGGCUAUCAUCCCUAUAUGGUCGAUACGAUAUUCGACGCCUGCAAAUUUAUGAAUACCAAAAGUAAUCCGCUGUUAAAAUAUUUAUAUGGCUUUUUGCGUCCCUACACCAAUGUCAAUCACUCGUGUCCGUAUAAUCAUGAUCUGAUUGUGAAAAACUUACGCAUCGAUCAAAGGCUUUUGAAUGCUGCUGCCAUUUUACCAACGGGCGAUUAUGCGAUUUUCACCAAUUGGAUGAUGAACAAUAAAAAGAUGGCACGGUUGGAAAUAUAUAUGAGAUAUCAGGAAUAUAAGUAG